UAGAAUCGAUCAAGUCAUUCGUUCUAUACAUCUACAUACCACACUUAAUCUAAGUCAUACAUCAAACGACUACUACAACUACAAUGUCUUCCCCAGCUACCCAAUACGUCUACAUCCCCAACCUCGUGGGCCGCCAAAUGCUCCGCAUCCCCCUCGACGAAGUCGAGGCUGAGGGCCAGAUCAACAUCUCCUCCACGGCGCAAAACACCACAUACUCGCCUCCGGCACGAAACUCGUCGCCCUCGCCCAGCGUCUCCAGCAUCGAGGAGUCCGAGUGAUGAGCUACCCCACCAAGGGAUGACGAGCCAACAACGAGGGAGAAGGAUGACGAACGAUGUACAGACGCCCUGCAUAGGGAAACACUGCACUGGAACAAGCCUCGAGACGAGUCUGUGGAGAAACUCUACUGCCAUGACAUCAUACCUAGCUCGGACUGCUGAGCCGCGAGGGAGGAUCGUUAGUCUACCACAUGAGCGGUGAAGCCCCUCAGAUCCUCUUGUCCCUCACACGUGGGAUAAGGAGAUCGGAAUGACGCGAUUUGUGGAGAAGAGGGAAAGCUUGGCGGGAAAGAAUUGUUCAAAGGGAUCUUUUCUGAAAACGGAAAUUUUUCUAUUCGGUUCUAUUGUGGGGAAGUUUUGGUUGGAAGAUGAUGCUUUAUACCCACAGCUGCGGAUUCUUUAUGCUGCGCUACGAUAGUAAUGAUUAAUGAAAGCUUUGUGUAA